CAAAAAAAGGGAGCCAUUCGCUAUAUUCUACGUCCCGCGUUCUUCCCCCGCGAACUGGACGAUUGGGCACCGCGAGUUUCAGCAUCUCCCGAUUGUCUCUUGAAGAUCCACUCUUGCGGAAAUGGAUGGACACGACUCUGAAGAUGCAAAACAAAGCACAGCUGAUAUGACUGUUUUUGUGCAAAAUCUUCUUCAACAGAUGCAAUCAAGGUUCCAAACCAUGUCUGACUCCAUUAUCACAAAGAUUGAUGAGAUGGGAAGCCGCAUAAAUGAAUUGGAGCAGAGCAUCAACGACCUAAAAGCUGAGAUGGGCGUGGAGGGUUCGCCGUUGCCUCCGUCCAAGACGAAUGCCGAUGAAUCGAAGAAAGACGAAGGUUCUGCGUAGACAUAGUUGAGAGUGUAUGUUUUAUUUAUGAGUUUGUUGUCUUUUCGCUAUUGCCUUUGUGAAACUGAAGUCAAUGCUUAGGAUGAGACAGAAAAAUACAAUAUGUUCUAGACAUGGACCUGCUAUUUCAGCAUAAUUUCUUAUUGGCAAUAUAGUGAUGAUUAUACUUUAUGAUUA